AUGGAAGAAGCACCAUCUGUUCUCAUGGAGAGAACAGGAAAGAUCAUCAGGCUAUCAAUCUUUACCUUUCUAAAAGAUUUUCAGUACUUCACCACCACCCCUGUUCUUCUUAUGUUACCUUUCUCAGUAUCAGUUCUCCUAUCACAAGCUGUUUUCCCAACUUCGCCGCCUUCUUUGAUCGUUCAUGCUCACUUUAAGUCCCUCUUCCAUGCUGCAGGAUUUUCUUCCCCUUCAUUAUUGGAUUCUCUUAUCAAUCUGAACCUUUCUCAAACCAUGUUUAAAUAUAUUCUUAGUCUCCCAUUUAUACUCACCUCCCUUGUCAUCUCAAAAGCGUCUAUAAUUCAGGCUCUAAAUGACCAUCAAACAUCUCUUCCACCUCCCUUUCCCUCUUUCAUAUUGCUUUACAAGCCUCUUCUAAUAACCCACCUAUGGAAUUUGAUCAUCAACAUCACCAUUAAUAUGGCUGCCUUUAAUGCCAUUAAAGCUUUUGGGUUCUUAUCCAACGAUCCUAUUUUUUCACUAGUAACAAGAAUAGUUCUCUAUACCAUACUCACUAACAUAGUUGUUGUAUGCAACUUAGCUUUGGUUGUGACUGGGAUGGGGAAGUGCACAGGCUACUUGGCCAUUCAUAAGGCUUUUUUGCUUAGAAGGGGUACAAAUUCAAUGGCUCUUUUGUUGGCUAUCCCUCUCAGUUUUGGUCUAGCUGCUAUUGAGGCCUUGUUCCGCUUCCGGAUUGUAAGAGCUUAUCAGCUUUAUGGAAGGCCUAGUGUGUCACUGGCCUUGGAGGGGUUAUUCAUUGCUUGCUUGUAUUCACUACUUAUUAUCCUUGACACAAUUGCUUGUUGCUUGCUUUUCAAGAGCUGCAGAUCAGAUUUUUCGAUGGAUGAAGCAGAUGAAUACAACCAUAUUGAGUUUCAAAAACAAGAAGAUCUAGUUGAACGUGGAACCUUCAAGAGUUACAGAUGAACACAAAUCAAUUACUCAAUUAGUUAAACAAGGAGAGAAUGAGCAAGUAUGCCACUAUUUCAAUCUUCCUUUGGUUUUCACUUUAUUGUAAGAUAUAUCAUGUAAGAUGAACUUAUAAUGAAUGAAUGCAAAUGCCAAUUGCCAUCUUUUGGAUAACAACCAUCAAAAAAAGGCAACCCACUUUUUAACCUUUUUUUAAAUCAAUUCCAAAGUCACUGGUUUGGUGGCUCUUUGGUACGCUUAGGUUCCUCAUGAAGAGUUUGCUUGAUUUUGAGUUUUCUUCACUCUCUGCCUCUCUGGUGGCUAUUUCAAGGGACUUAUCCUUGUAAAUAUCCAGCAUGUAAAAGAAAGUUCCUGAAUUAGCACAAACUGCUAAAAUCUUGGUGUGAGCCUAUUGUUGGCUGGUUGUAGCUUGUUUGGGAUAACUUUGUAAGGUUGCAACAAGGGAUCACACUGCCUACUGUUGAUAUGUUGUGUAUGUUCUACAGAGCAAGUCUGGAAUCUCUGGAUCAUUUUUACUUUGGAUAUUCUCACAUGAGGAGUGUUAAGAAAAAGAGAAAAGAGCUGAAGGAAAUUCUAUAUAUUUGUGUAUAUAAACUGUAUAGGUAGAAUCCUCUAUCUAUAGCCUCACAUACUGUGAGUGAUCUACAAGUAAUAGGAGUACUGCACAAGUAAUGCUAAUGGACCUUGGCGUUUGGAUGGAAGUGAUGUGAAGAUGUUUGGUCUAGAGGCAGAUUAGAAACUGGCAGGAUGAGUUGGAUUGGGCCAGUAAAAAAUUGAAGGGUGAGACUUUUUGGAAAGAUUUGUAGAUUGGCCUGAGCAGCCACAUUUUAUUGCAUUUGGAUGGAUACAAAUGCUAGAAUCCAUAAUGGCAAAAUUAGAAGUGGAACUGAGCUGCUAAAUAAAAUUUUCUUUGCUGUCUAGAGCAGGAUUUCUACUUGCAGGAACUUACAGAACACAAUUCAGAACAAGGUCCUUCCCAGCUUAUGUAGGAUACCUUCAUACCUUUGUCUGUACUUGAAACCCAUUAGUUGCAGCUACUGUAUUAGACUAUUAGUAAUUUUAGUCAGCUUGCUGUUGUUGUUAAGGGUUGAGUCUCCUUUGUCUUGCUGCCAGUUGAUAUGUAUCUAAGUUAUACUCCUCUUACAUGGUUUGUUGUAGUUGGUUGAGUCUUCUUUGUUUACUGAUGUAGAGGUAGUCUGGUGUGCAGCAGUUAUUGCUUCUAGUAGAUGUGUGUUUUGUUUUUCUCCCAGUGGAAAUGUAUAAGUUAUAAUGCCUUUUUUUUUUU